AGGUGCCAGAGGAUGUUUGUGAUAGUUUUCUGGUGCGCUUUGCAGAGCUGUGCCAGGGGUGGCCUGAGACAGGGAAGAAAGUGCCCUACUUGUUAGGCUGCUCCGCAUAACCACGAAAUAAUGGUGUGAACUGCAAGUGUUAGCCGUCCUGGGCACCUUGUUUCUCUGCCCUUCAUUGUACUUUUAUGAGGCAGACUCAUCCCUGCAGCUUCACCUGUUUUAAGUCAAAUACAAGGCAAUUCUUAGAGAGGAGCUAAGAGUUGUAGAGAAAGAGGAGCUACCUAUGACAAUCCUUGGGACUCCUGUUUGGCUUGUGAAUAUUGAAAACGAUAUAUAUGCGUUCAGAUAUAGAUGUGUAAAAUCAGACGAUCAAAAAAUGUUUUUUAGUUCCCAGAUAGAUACUAGGCCUGCUUAAUAAAGGGAACAUUCACAAGAAGUCUAAAUAGCAGCCAGACUUUUGCAUUUCCAACUUCUGGCACUAUAGCACAGGGCUCUUUUGUCCCAAAGUAGCAGUACGUUGAAAUAAUGCGUGAGACAAAUAUGAUACCAGCUGGUCUUUGGAAAUGACAGCUGCUAAAUAAAAACAAUAUUGCACUGUUUGCAAGAACUGUGCUUGGCCAGCAGUAGAAGUUGUCAAAUGACUUGUGACCAGUACUCCUCCUCCAUUCCCUUUCUUGUGCAACGCUAGUGUAUUUUGUUAUUUAUCAGGGGCUACCUCUGAUGUAGUGCAUAAGAGGCACUGGGAUCCAUGCUCAGUACAGAGUUCUUGCGAAUGGUCCCUCCACUAAGACCUUGGUGGAGAACCUGCUCUCCUUUAAUGGCUGCUGCUGCCGCUGGUUGAUCAGUGGGAGACUUUACAGUUCCUUACUCCUUGGGAGGAUACGUCUACUUCCCUUAUUUAUUUUUCCGUGUGGUGGUAUUUUUUCCACUGACCACACGGGUGGGAAAAGAAGAUGCCACUGCCUUUUGGGCUGAAAUUGAAACGAACUCGACGUUAUACAGUAUCCAGCAAGAGCUGCUUGGUGGCUCGCAUCCAGUUGCUCAACAAUGAAUUUGUGGAGUUCACCCUCUCUGUGGAGAGCACGGGCCAAGAAAGCCUGGAGGCUGUAGCUCAGAGGCUUGAACUUCGGGAGAUUACUUAUUUCAGUCUGUGGUAUUACAAUAAGCAGAACCAGCGCCGGUGGGUGGAUUUGGACAAGCCUCUGAAAAAGCAGCUCGACAAAUAUGCUUUGGAGCCAACCGUGUAUUUUGGAGUGGUAUUUUAUGUGCCUACUGUUUCUCAGCUUCAGCAGGAAAUUACCAGAUAUCAGUAUUAUUUGCAGCUGAAGAAAGAUAUCUUGGAGGGAAACAUUCCUUGCACAUUAGAGCAAGCAAUUCAUCUGGCUGGUUUAGCUGUUCAGGCUGACUUUGGAGACUAUGAUCAAUAUGAAUCUCAGGAGUUUCUACAAAGAUUUGCCUUGUUUCCUGUGGGUUGGCUACAAGAGGAAAACAUACUGGAAGAAGCAACACAGAAAGUGGCCUUGUUGCAUCAAAAGUACAGAGGCCUUACACCUCCUGAUGCAGAAAUGUUGUAUAUGCAAGAGGUGGAGAGAAUGGAGGGCUAUGGUGAAGAGAGCUACCCUGCAAAGGACAGCCAGGGAAGCGACAUAUUCGUUGGAGCUUGUCUUGAUGGUGUCUUUGUGAAACACAAAAAUGGUCGGCCUCCUGUUGUAUUCAGGUGGCAUGACAUUGCCAACAUGUCCCACAACAAGUCCUUUUUUGCACUAGAGCUGGCAAAUAAAGAAGAGACCAUCCAAUUCCAAACUGAAGACAUGGAAACAGCAAAAUAUGUGUGGAGGAUGUGUGUGGCCAGACACAAGUUUUACAGACUAAAUAAAUGUAGCAUAGAUUCCCCAGACUCUCCACCCAUGGAAGGCUCUCAGAAAUCUUUCCACAUUCUUUCUUUUCCACGCUUUCCAAUCCUUUCCCGUUCUACUCUUCCCAAAGGACAAACCCAGACUGUUACAGUGAAUCCAGUUAGAAGACGGUCUUCUUCCAGGAUGUCUUUGCCUAAGCCACAGCCUUACAUGAUGUCAGCACCCCCUCAGUUGCAUUACAACGGGCACUACACGGAACCAUAUACAUCAUCCCAAGAUAACCUCUUUGUGAACAAUCAGAAUGGAUACUACUACCACUCUCAGACUAGCUUGGAUAGAGCUCCACAUGACUACAAUGGUAGAAUCCGCAAUGGUAGUGUCUACAGUGCACACAGCACAAACUCUUUGAAUAACCCACAGCACUACUUGCAGCCAUCUCCCAUGUCCUCUAACCCAAGCAUUACUGGAAGUGAUGUCCUGAGACCUGAUUAUGUCCCAUCACAUCGACAUAGUGCACUAAUACCACCUUCUUACCGGCCUACCCCAGAUUAUGAAACUGUGAUGAGACAGCUUAACAGGGGAAUGAUACACACAGAUAAGCAGAGUCAUUCAAUGAGAAAUCUUAACAUCAGCAAUUCAUAUGCUUACAGUAGACCUGAUGCUCUGGUUUACAGCCAACCUGAAAUCCGAGAACACGCUCAGUUCACUUCCCCUCAAUCUAAUCACUAUCCAUUUAAUCUGAAUUACAGUUUUCAUAGCCAGUUUCCAUACCCAUAUCCUGCAGAAAAGCGUCCAGUUGUUGGAGCAGUCAGUGUGCCAGAGUUGACAAAUGUGCAGCUUCAGGCUCAGGAUUAUCCAGCACCAAAUAUCAUGAAGACUCAGGUCUAUCGACCACCUCCUCCUUACCCCUACCCAAGACCUGCAAACAGUACUCCAGACCUUUCCCGACACCUUUAUAUAAGCAGCAGCAAUCCAGAUCUCAUCACAAGACGAGUCCACCAUUCUGUCCAGACGUUUCAGGAAGACAGUCUGCCUGUUGCACAUUCUCUUCAGGAAGUGAGUGAACCCUUAACAUCAGCACGCCAUGCUCAGUUACAGAAAAGAAAUAGUAUUGAAAUAGCGGGGCUCGUCCACAGCUUUGAAGGAGUCAGAAUUAAGGAGAGAACCAUGUCAGCAUCAGCAGCAGAUGUGGCCCUUCCAAGAGGGUCACAGCCCAGUGUUCUAAUGGAAAGGACAAAGCAAGAAGAAAAUGAGGAGCAAGAAGAAGGCAUGAACUGUGGUCAUAAAAAGUCUCUUUCAGAUGCAACUAUGCUGAUUCACAGCAGUGAGGAGGAGGAGGAAUUUGAAGAAGAAAAAGCUCAUGCAAGUUUGUCUCCUCUCCCUGAAGGCCAAGCCCAGCUUUCUGGUAUCAUGGGUGGUCAUCGUUCUGAGUCUUUUUUAAGUUAUCCUUACAGUUCUGUUGCUUCACCUGCUGGCCCUUUGCAUAUCCUUGAACCUAAGUUACAUAUUACAGAGCCAGAAAAGAGGAUGAAAGAUAUGAGCCCAGUUCAUUUACUGGCUGAGUCACAGGUGCAGAGAAGAAGUGAAGGUUUGCUGACUCCAUCUAUGUCAGAAUCUGACCUUACAACUUCAGGAAGGUACAGAGUUAGAAAGGACUCUGUGAAGAAGAGACCUGUGUCUGAUCUUCUGUCUGGGAAGAAGAAUAUUGUGGAAGGUCUUCCACCUUUAGGUGGAAUGAAAAAAAACAAAACUGAAGCAAAAAAAAUAGGGCCUCUAAAGUUAGCUGCCCUAAAUGGACUAACCUUGUCUCGAAUGCCUCUGCCAGAUGAGGGUAAGGAAGAGUCUACUAGAGCAACAAAUGAUGAACGGUGUAAAAUUCUUGAACAACGGUUAGAGCAGGGGAUGGUGUUUACAGAAUAUGAGCGGAUUCAAAAGAAAAGGCUCAUUGAUGGUGAGUGUUCAAUAGCCCGGCUCCCUGAAAAUGCUGAGAGAAACAGGUUCCAGGAUGUCCUUCCCUAUGAUGAUACCAGAGUGGAGCUGGUCCCAACCAAAGAAAAUAACACAGGCUACAUCAACGCAUCUCACAUUAAGGUUUCCAUUGGGGGCAUUGAGUGGGAUUAUAUUGCUACACAAGGCCCUUUGCAGAAUACAUGUCAGGAUUUCUGGCAGAUGGUGUGGGAACAAGGGGUUGCCAUUAUUGCAAUGGUGACAGCAGAAGAGGAGGCCGGGAGAGAAAAGUGUUUUAGGUACUGGCCACGACUUGGGUCAAGACACAACACUGUCACAUAUGGGAGAUUUAAGAUUACCACGCGAUUCCGUACAGACUCAGGCUGCUACGCAACUACAGGCUUGAAGAUCAAACACCUUCUCACAGGGCAGGAGAGAACAGUUUGGCACCUGCAGUACACUGACUGGCCAGAGCAUGGCUGUCCAGAGGAUAUAAAGGGAUUUCUUUCAUACUUGGAAGAGAUACAGUCAGUGCGGCGUCAUACAAACAGCACAGUGGAUCCUAAAAGCCCUAACCCUCCUGUACUGGUGCAUUGCAGCGCAGGCGUAGGAAGAACUGGAGUUGUCAUAUUGUCAGAGAUCAUGAUUGCCUGUUUGGAACACAAUGAGAUGCUGGAUGUCCCAAGAGUGCUAGACAUGUUGCGGCAGCAAAGGAUGAUGGUGGUGCAGACUCUCGCUCAGUAUACUUUUAUCUAUGGAGUUCUCAUUCAGUUCCUCAAAAGUUCUAGGCUUAUAUAACCCCCACCAUUUUAUGUGGGGCACAUUCAUCUUGAGAGUUUACAAAGGGGAAAUGCAAUUGUCCAGGCAGUUUUGUCUAUCUGGUGUUUUCCUCAAUGGACGACUCAUACAGAGUUACUUUUUUGUCAUGGUAUGGGGAUGUUAAGUGCAAGUACAACGUAUUGGUCUUUGCAAAGCAAGAUAUAGACUGGACUAACAUCUUCCUGUUUUAACUGCAGCUAAAACAGUGAUGGAUCUAACAUAAAACAGUCGUGCUUUCGUCUGCUGAUGUGCAGUACUUGCACAAGUUGUGAGUUAUGUUACUGCAGGCAUAUUGACAGUCUGUUUUACUGAAAGUACACUGGGUCAUUUUGGAAAUCAUUCAUUGUUUUUUAGUCCAAAUUGCUUUUUUUCUAACCUCAACUCUGAAAGUGAAAAAUAUAAAAUCUGUAGAUUUACACUGUGAGGUACAAGCUCAUCCUCCUGGAAUGCCAAGGUCUUAAAUGGUCUUGAUCUACUUUCAGUUUUGUAUGGAAAACAAUGCUAAUAUAUUUUUUAAAAUAAACUUUUGGUUUCUUUUGGUUCUCUUAGUAGAACCAGCAGCUGCUAGAAAUCUAAAGUUGGCAGUUAGGAAAAUUAUUUUUGUAUUCAGGAAAUUUAAUUUUUUAUUUUCAAAAAGCUACUUGUGUAUAAACAGAACAAUUUGUUCAGAGUCGAGGACAAAUGAAGACACGUUCAAAUUUAUCUUUUCAGAAUUUGUACAAAGAGAGAAGUCCAAGAGGGAAAUGUUGGCAUCUGUGGAGUUCCGUAGGUGAUAAAAUUGGAAGAGGUUUUGUUAUCUGCAGAAUGCUAGGUAAUAUAAUAGGCAGAUGGGAGACAUUGUUACCUACAGAUUUCUAGGUAACUUAACAGGUAAGAAGGAGAUGUUUACUUAGAGUUUGUAGUUAAGUAUGGGGAAGAUGAUUGGCUGCAGGGAUUUAGAUAAAAAUGAGCAAGAGAAUGCUAUUGCUCUUGUUAAUGGACAAGAGAAAAUAUAUAUUCAGUAUUAUUCAGAUAUUUAGAGGACAGUUUGAUUUUACUGGUUGAAAUCGAAGUGGAUGCAAAUUAUGUUUUAUGCACUUUUUGUUGCAUUAUUUAUAUACACGUGAACUGUAACCAUAUCUUCUUUAAUAAUGUACCAUUACUAACCUAACUGAAUGUUGUUUUAGAGCCUUUAAGAGGAUGAAGUGAGUGAACAGAAAUUAAGGUAGGAACUUGCAUAGUGGCGAAUUGGAAAUGAGUAUGUGCAAUGUGAUGAUACAAGUGUGAUAGCUGUGAUUGUUGGUUACACAGUUAGUGCAAGUUUUAGUUUUUACACUCACAAUCAAGAGAAGCUUAAAAACAUCGUCAGUUACAAUAGAAUUCUUUUGUCAGUCAGCAGAAAGGUAUUGCUAACAUUGUAUUGCAUGGUUGUGGUGAGGGUGUUCUUGGCUGUUUGAAAAUGUCAGAGACAUGGAGAAACUACACUUGAUAACAUUGGAGAUGUGGAAAUUUUGAUGAAUUCUUAGGUGAUGUGGAGGCAGCAGAGUCAAGGGCACAGACCCAAAACCUGAUUUCCAGUUCUAUUUCCUGUUCUGUCCAUUGCUCACAGUGGGCAUGUACAUAUGCAAUUAGUGCACGUGAAUAAAUGCUGGAGCUUAUUGCUCCAGAGUUUUUUGCUCUCAGGUGUGCUGGUUUAAAUGUGUGUCCAGGAGCAAUUAACACUGAAGCAAUCAGCUCCAAGGCUUAUUCAUGCGUGCACAUGAAGCCUAGUCAGAGAAGCCCUGAGUUGCUGGGCGAUCCGGGGGUCAGCCUGCCAGCCUGGGGCUGCUCCCCUGGGCUCUGUGUGCUGUGGAGAGGCUGGCUAGAGCACAAGAUUGCAGAGCUAGCUGUCAGGCAGCCCCUACACUGAAGCACCCUCACACCCCAGCCAGCCAGGGCAGCAUCUACAUAUGCACUGCUGCACGUGAAAAAACUCUGAAAAAAAACUUGUAUUUACAAAUAUUACCCUGCUGAGGAGUUUAAUAGGGGCCCACAUGUAGAUGCUGAGAUAUUUACUGUAGAGCAGGGAUUGUCAACUAGGGGUAUGUGUACCCCUGGGGGACUUGAGAAAGUCCUAGGGGGUAUGCGUAGGUGGAUGGGGAUGGAGAGCUGCCACACACCAUCCGCACUGCUGUGCAGGUGCCACCCACCCGGCUGGACGCGGGGGGCAGGGGAAGCUUGCACGCAGUGCAGCCACCACUCUGCAUUUGGCCACCCCCCUUGCUCCAUGUGCAGCAUUGCCCUGUGUUUGCCAGGGCCAGGCCAGGGGCUGCUGUGCCCCACAUGUCCGGGCAGGCAGCGGGUGCGCACAGCGCUGUGUGCAGGCAGCCAGGGGCCAUGAGUGCCAGCUGCUCACAGUGGGUGGGGGGACGGGGGAGGCGCUGGGUGGGGGGAGGGGCCCAGCCCCUUGUUCCAGGAGCUUGGCU